UGACAGCAAAGGUGUGUUUACGUUGUUGUCUGCAAGGAAAGUAGGGUGUUUCUCGAUGUCUUGAAUCGUUUUCCUGAUCACCCGUGGAUUUUACAAACCCAGAUAGUAUGAACAGGUGAAGUGAGACAUUACUAGAGUCAGCCAUGAGUGUGGAGAGACCCAUCUCUGUCCACAACGCGGGGGACAUGUGUGAGGGCUUUGAGUUCCAGAAGAAGGUCUCUGACCUCCAGGAACAGAGCCUUGGCCCACUGAAGGAGGACCUGGUGGACUGGCUGGGCAAGACACUAUCCAUUGACUUGUCUGCAGACACCUUUAUGACUGUUCUAGACAAUGGGGUCUAUUUGUGCCAGCUUGCAAAACUCAUCGAGAGCAAAGCACGGGAGUGUUUUGCUGAAGGGAAGGUCACUGAGCCUCUUCCCAAGAUGAAGUUGAAAUGCAACAACAGGGCACAGUCUGGAACCUGGUUUGCCAGGGACAAUACAGCAAACUUUCUUCAGUGGAGCAAGGAGUGGGGUAUCAAAAAUGAAUGCCUGUUUGAUACAGAAACACUUGUAUCUCACAAGAAGGAGAAGCCAGUGAUAGUGUGUCUCCUUGAACUGGCUCGUCUCGGCUACAAGUAUGGCCUGGAGCCCCCCAGCAUCAUCAAGAUGGAGAAUGAGAUCAAACAUGAAGAAGAGGAGGAUGAGGUUGAUGCACCUCCACAGAAAACCAUCGAGAUUGUUGAAAAACGUCCAACCAAGCCUGCUGCACCUGAAAAUAAGAAGCCAGUGAAACUAGAUUUGGAUACAGAGGUUAGACGUAUUGCAACAAAGUGUCGAUGUCAACAGCAUGUGAAGAGGAUCAGAGAAGGGUUGUAUAGUAUUUUUGGGAAGACCAUUUUCAUCCGACUCCUGAUGGACAAACACCUAAUGGUGAGAGUUGGAGGGGGCUGGGACACUCUAGAACACUAUCUCAUCCACCAUGAUCCAUCGCAAGUGUUCACCUUCCACCGCUCCAACAGCAAGGACAACAUCCUGGACAGCGUAGACGGGGACCGCUUCCUCUAUGUCAGGGGCAAAUACAAGAAGUGAUGGAAGUGUGGUAGUAACAUGCACUACCUCCCUCUCUUCAAAGUCAAAGUUUCUGGCCAUGGAUAACAACCUUUCAGGGCCCCAUUCUGCAAGCCAUGGUGGCGCUACAGAUGUUAUAGGUAUAUGAAAAAUUAUGGGAGUUACAAUCAUCCUAGCACUGUGAUCACUUUGUGGAAAGCUCUUGUGUCAUACUCUGCGAUAUCCAUUCUUGCUGAUGUGUAUUGUCAUUUAAACAUUUAAUAAAGUCUGGAAACUGAUAAUACAAAGUAUUGCCUCGCCAAGUCCAAGUUUUGAGGAUCUGUAACUUGUGUUAUUGUCCAUUUGAAUCUAUGACACUUUUUGCCUAAUUGAUACAAUAUCUGUUUUUAAUGCCCAUUGACCGUAUGUGACAUGCUCAGUAUUAGGAUCUUUGUGUGAUGAAGUCAGGUCCAAGAAAUUUGGAACAGUAUUUUUGUACCCUUAAGAAAAUACUCAUGUUAUUCCAGGGUAUUGUUGCCAUUGUGUUGGUCAUGACAUGUUAUUGGGUUAUAAUCAAACAGUUCUUGUGUAAUGCAACUGGACUUGGUAAGAAAACAUGCUUUUACAUGAAUUGUUGUUUACCUUAACUGUUGCUAAUGAUAAUGACAAUGUUUAGAAAAAUGUUUUAUAGGAAGCUAUAGUGAGUGAAUAUGCCCCAAUAUUAUAUAUAAUAUAGGCCAAAAUAUUGUCAAAAAUGUGUGAAAUUGUGCCUUUCAAAAUCAAAGAUUAAAAAGUCCCUAGUCCUAAGUCCCUCCUAUAGCAGGAAUGCUCAAGGAUCUCUUUCAUCUCUAACACUGCUGCGAGUAGUUAGCAAUUACUGAUUAAAUAUACUUCUCAAACAUCCGAAAAAUCUAUACUUAUAAUUAUACUGUAAAUCUGUUUGAGACAUACUUCUGGGGCAUGGUAUUAUAAUCAGAAUGUAAGCAGGUAUCUGUUACCUGGGAACUAUACUGUACCAUGGCUUACAUUGCUAGUCACUUGUAUUACGUGUCUAUUUAUGAACUAUUUAACAUGUAUGACAUACUAUUCAUGUUGUUGCAUGUGUAGAUAAUGUAGAGUAUUUAUGAUGAAUAUAAUCUAGACAAUUUCUAAGUGUUUGUAUUUAUGGUCAUUCUAUUAAAGUUGUGUUCAAAGAUGUUCAAUUAUUUGGCAAUAUACUGUGAUAUGAAGUGUGCAGAUUCUUGUCAGUAACCCGGUAUUAGUGUGAAAAUAUGAUGAACACAUUAUUAAUUACCAAACCAAAUGGGAUUGUAUGUACUGUAUUGAGAUUUUAGGAUUUUAUUCAAUCUUUCAGGGAUAAGUAAAGAUUUCUCAUACAGUUUAUCUAAAUAUUGUUUUUGUAAUUUUUCAAAGUUUUCUAAGCCAUGUAUAAGGAUUAUUCUAAUUGAUAGGUAUCAUUUAUAUGUGUUGAAAUAUUUGUUCUCACAGUAUUAUAUACUUCACAAACUAUUUUAUUGCCUCGUAUAACUUACCUGUUACUUAAAUACAGACAUUACUAAGUAGAGAUGUUUUGGAAUGCCAAUUUUAAAUCCCUCCAAUGUGAAAGAUAAGUAGAAAAAUGAUGAUGAACAAUUUUUUAUAUGUAAAUGCACAAGCAUCACCACCAGUCUGUUUGCUUACUGAAAAGGGGACUUAGGAAUUUUUUUAAGCAUCUAGUCAGAUCAUAUUUGUGGUUUCACCUUAAUUGCCCAAGUAGAUGAAAAUGGUGGGAAACUUUGUUGUCAGUUGACUUCACUAGAGGAUAGUCCGUCCCUAACUGCUGUUUGCCUCUGGCUUGGUAUGCUGUAGACAUGAUUGUGAGUUAUUAUUGCCAGUUAUGUCACACAAGUCCACUUCCUAAAAUUCUCAAGGGGUGUUGGGGUAACAUAGUGGUUAAAGCGUCACCUCGUCACGCUGAAGACCCGGGUUCGAUUCCCUACAUGGGUACAAUGUGUGAAGCCCAUUUCUGCUGGAAUAUUGCUAAAAGGGGCGUAAAACCUUACUCUCUGACUCACUCUAAAAUUCUCAAACUCGUGUAAUCUGAACAACACUACUAAUCUGAAAACUUUCACUAUCAAUACAUGUACAUUGUUUUAACAGGAUCAGGACAGUGGUUCUCUCCUUAUGGGUGAGAAAAAGAUACUUUUAGAUAUGCACUGUUAAUAAUGUGUCUGUAGUUAUAUCAGAAUAUGACAUAUAUUCCUAUUUGUUCGAUGCAUAUUUGUAGAGUCUAUAUUACUAUGCUAUAAAUUGUUACCCUGAUAUGUUACAUGAAAUCCAUGCUUCCAGCCCGACAAAUACCUCAGUGGGUACGAGUACAGUUUACAGUCGAGCACCGUUGUCUCGAUAUUCAUGGGACCAAGAAAAAAUAUCGAGUUAUCUGAACUUCGAGACAUACGACCAGGGCAUAUCAUCACAUAUCACUAUGAAAGAAAACAAAACGCU